AGAACAUGAUGUAACUUUACUUUUCCCUCCGAUUCAGUUUUUUUUCCUCUCUGAUCCAGAAAAAAGUCUCUCCUAGGAGUAAUCUGAUUCAAAAUGAACUGUUUCCUAAUUCUUCUUCUCUCCUUCAGUGAAAUGAUCUGCAUUCUGCAGGGCUUUUUUCUUCUUGUCAUGACUCGUGAGUCACAUAUGUGUGUACCCUACAUAUCCCCUAUCCCUUUCUUAGGCGUUGCCGUUGUUGCUGUUGCUGGUUUUGAUGCUUGCGAUGCUUGGCUGUCUUGUCUGCUGGUUUUCUUAUCUGGGGGUUGAGUAUGUACCGUAAGUAGUUAUGGGUAAAGGGGGUGCUUUCUCCGAGGAGAUAUAUCUAUCUGAG